CUUUGCCCCUCUCUGCGGCUCCUCUAUUAUUUUCCACUCAGUUUCUCGCAGUUUAAAAUGGCGGCGUUGAGCAGCGCCGAGUCUCCACCGCCCGUCUUUAACGGAGACACCGCGGAGCGGGAGCCGGGCAGGGAGCGGGGCCUGGAGGAGCUAGGCGCCGCGCUGGACGCCUCCUGCCCGGCGGGGAUCCCCGGAGGUCCGCAGGAGGAGGAGAUCUGGAACAUCAAACAGAUGAUCAAGCUGACACAGGAACAUAUAGAGGCUCUGCUGGACAAAUUUGGAGGAGAGCACAACCCUCCUUCUAUAUAUCUGGAGGCGUAUGAGGAGUACACCAGUAAGCUGGACGCCCUGCAGCAGAGGGAGCAGCAGCUGCUGGAGGCCAUGGGGAACGGCACCGACUUCCUCUGCUCGCCGUCUCCCGUUCCCGCUCUGCUGGAGGUGAAGAUGGGGGGCUGUGGGGGGGUUGGAGGAGGGGCCCAGGCCUUCCCUUCAGCUCCUAACACCUUGGCGGUACUGCAGACCCCCACAGAUGCCAGCAGAGCCAACCCCCGCUCCCCCCAGAAACCCAUCGUCAGGGUCUUCCUGCCCAACAAACAGAGGACGGUGGUACCGGCCCGCUGCGGGAUGACAGUGAGGGACUCGUUGAAGAAAGCUCUGAUGAUGCGAGGACUCAUCCCAGAAUGCUGUGCCGUCUACAGGAUACAGGACGGAGAGAAGAAGCCGAUUGGCUGGGACACAGACAUCUCCUGGCUGACAGGAGAGGAGCUUCACGUGGAGGUGUUGGAGAACGUCCCGCUUACCACACAUAACUUUGUGAGGAAGACAUUCUUCACACUGGCUUUCUGUGACUUCUGCAGAAAGCUUCUGUUCCAGGGUUUCCGCUGUCAGACUUGUGGGUACAAGUUUCACCAGCGGUGCAGCACUGAGGUCCCUCUAAUGUGUGUCAACUACGACCAGCUAGACUUGUUGCUAGUGUCCAAGUUCUUCGAGCAUCACCCGUUCACCCAGGAGGAAGUCUCCUCUGAGGGAACCACACCCGUGUCCGAAGCUUGUCCAUCACUCCCCCCGUCCGACUCCACCGGGUCAAUAUGCCACACCACUGUGUCCCCGUCCAAGUCCAUACCCAUCCCCCCCAGCUUCCGGCCCAAUGAGGAGGACCACCGCAACCAGUUUGGUCAGCGGGACCGUUCGUCCUCCGCCCCAAAUGUUCAUAUCAACACUAUUGAGCCCGUCAACAUUGACGACCUGAUUCGGGAUCAGGGCUUACCACGGUCAGAUGGAGCCCCCCCGAACCACCCCGCCCGCUGCUUGAGGAAGCACCGAACACGGACCUCAAGCCCCCUCCUAUACUCCUACCCCAAUGACAUAGUGUUUGAUUUUGAGCCCGAGCCUGUGUUCCGAGGCUCAACCACGGGGCUUUCGGCCACGCCCCCCGCCUCCUUACCUGGCUCUCUGACCAAUGUGAAGGUCCCACAGAAGUCGCCAUGCCAACAGAGGGAGCGGAAGUCCUCGUCCUCGUCUGAGGACCGCAAUAAGAUGAAAACUCUGGGGAGGAGGGACUCCAGCGAUGACUGGGAGAUCCCAGAGGGUCAGAUCACACUGGGACAGCGGAUAGGGUCUGGAUCAUUUGGGACCGUCUUCAAGGGAAAGUGGCACGGUGAUGUUGCAGUGAAGAUGUUGAACGUCACCGCUCCCACACCGCAGCAGCUUCAGGCCUUUAAGAAUGAAGUGGGGGUUCUCAGGAAAACGCGUCACGUGAACAUCCUGCUGUUCAUGGGUUACACCACCAAGCCUCAGCUGGCCAUUGUGACGCAGUGGUGCGAGGGUUCGAGUCUGUACCACCACCUGCACAUCAUUGAGACCAAGUUUGAGAUGAUCAAACUGAUCGACAUUGCCCGGCAGACGGCGCAGGGCAUGGAUUACCUGCACGCCAAAUCAAUCAUCCACAGAGAUCUGAAGAGCAACAAUAUUUUCCUCCACGAGGAUCUGACGGUGAAGAUUGGAGACUUUGGCCUGGCUACAGUGAAGUCUCGUUGGAGCGGCUCCCACCAAUUUGAGCAGCUGUCCGGCUCCAUUCUGUGGAUGGCUCCUGAGGUGAUCCGGCUGCAGGAUAAGAAUCCGUACAGCUUCCAGUCAGACGUUUACGCCUUUGGUAUCGUUCUGUACGAGCUAAUGUCUGGAGCUCUGCCGUACUCCAACAUCAACAACAGAGACCAGAUCAUCUUCAUGGUGGGUCGGGGUUACCUGUCUCCUGACCUUAGCAAGGUGCGCAGUAACUGUCCCAAAGCGAUGAAGAGGUUGAUGGCCGACUGCCUGAAGAAGAAGAGGGAGGAGAGGCCGCUUUUCCCCCAGAUCCUGGCGUCCAUCGAGCUGCUGGCUCGCUCUUUACCCAAAAUCCACCGCAGCGCCUCGGAGCCAUCGUUAAACCGUGCUGGCUUUCAGACCGAGGACUUCAGCUUAUACGCCUGCGCUUCACCCAAAACCCCCAUCCAGGCAGGGGGAUAUGGCGAGUUUUCAGCGUUUAAAUAAGAUCUGCAGAUCUCUUCAGUCCGUCCCUCUCCACCUCUCUAAAGUCUCGUGUCCAUGCGGUGGAUUCAUCCAUUUCUGAACAAACUGAACAAACAAAGAAUGUGCUUUUUUCUUCCUCUGUCCACCUGAAGGGGGCAGCAUCCCCGCCAUCCUCCAGCUGCAGAGACGGACCAACUCAAUCAGAAAAACUCACAAAAUAAGACCUUUAAACGAGACAAAGACAAGGAAAAUAAGACGCAAAGAUUUCCAAAUAAGGAGGGUUUCAGGAGGAGACGCCUGCCUGCUGGUGGAGCAGAACGAAGAGAGACGGGGGAGGAGGAGGCCGUCGCCUCACGCCAAGAGGGGUCGGUUCAUCCGCCGGGCUGCUGGAUGCACUUUGAGCGACGGCGAGGCGUUAGCCCGAUCCUGAGACAUGCUGGAUGGUUCACCCUGAAGAGGACGACUUGAAAAGGAGAUUUAUUUUGUUUUCUCAUCUGUUCUCAUGUUACAGAUUUAAGCUAGCAGCUGCUGCUAACAUUGAGCUUCUUCUUCUUUUGUUACAUUUGCAGCACAAGCCUUCAAUUUUUUUUUGUCUUUUGUGACCAAAUCCUACAUUUUUCCUUUUAAUUUUACUCCAACGGAUUCCAUGCCUGAGACGAACAGCAGAUGAAAGUUUUAGCUCUUAUGAAUCCUCCAUGUGGACGCCAAAGAAGCGAUUCCUGUCCAGAGGAAACUUCCAGGCUAGGGCUUGGCAAUUUAUCAAGAUUUUACGAUCCAUGAAUAGAUUUUGAAUCAAAUAUAGGGGUACGACAAUAUUGUUUAUAUCGCUGUAGUUUUUUCUGAUGCUCAUUUAAAAUAAGAAUCAAAUUAUAUGUAUACCUAUUCAGUACCAAUGCAGAAAAAUUACUUCUGUACUUGGCCUGAAUUGAAGGUUUCCCUGCCUCCUAGCCAUUUCCACCCACUUCUCCCAAAUAUUGGCAACAUUUUUGUGCAAUUUAGACAAUACUCCCUCCCUUUUUUAUGUUAAGAUAUGUCUAUGUUGCACAAUUACGUUGUCAUCAUUGAAAGAAGUGUUUUGAACUGGCACUAAUUUCUAGUUUAAGUUCUACCAACUUUUCCUUAUAUUGCCAAUGUAUUUGUGUAAUUUAGAGAAAGCUCUUUCUCUUUUUUAAUCAAAAUAAAACACAAGAUAUCUAAUUUGCACAAAUUUCUUGGCAACAUGUAAAGAAAUGGACAACAUUCGCAGGAAUGAAAGUUUCCUUCACAUAUUACCAGUUCCACUCACUGUUCAGAUGUUUCCUAUGUAUUUGUGCAAUAUAGACAGAGCUCUGUUCUUUUGGUUUAAAUAAUGUCUAAAGAUAAUUUCUAAAUUGCCCAAAUAUAUCAGCAACAUUUAAAAAAAAAAACGGUUGGAAUUGGCAAUGAUGGAAGAGUUCCUUUGCUUAUUGCCUCUUCCAUCCACUUUUCCAAAUACUGCCAACAUGUUUAUGAAAUUUAGACAAUGCUUUUUGCAUUUUAGUUCAAGUAAAGACUAAAGGUCACGAAAGAUUAUGAUGAAACCGUCAGCAACAUUUGGAGAAGUUGUCGGAGCUGGCAGUGAGGGGUUUCUUUUCUUUCUUUUGGCUUAUCAGCCUUACCUGCUUUUACAAAUUCUGCCAACUUUUUUGUGCAAUUCAGAGAUGGUUCUUUCCCUAGGACUAAAAAUCAUGUCUAAAUUGCUCAAGUAUGUGGGCAACUUUGUGUAAGUGUCUGAAACAUGAAAGGAGUGCAAGUUCCCCUCAUUUAUCACCAGUUCUGCCAGUUCUACUUUACAAAUGUUUCCAAUGUGUUAGCACAACUUACACAAUGCUCAGGCUUUUUUUGGGUAAAAUAUGACUAAAGAUGAAGUCAAAAUUGCACAAAUAUGUUGACAACAUUUGAAGAAGUAGGUAGAAAUGGCAAGAAAUGAGGGUUUCCCUCACACCUUGACAGUUUUAAACAUGUUUCCAAUUGUUAUUAAUGCAAUUUUGACAUUUGGUGGAAAAAAAAAAACUGAAAAUCAUUCACAUUAGAAGAAGUGGUGGAACUGGCAAGGAGUGAAUGUUUUCCUCACUUACUGCGUGUUUUACCAGCUUUUCCAAAUGUUUCCAAUGAAUUUGUGCAUUUUGCUCUUGUAAUUGAAAUAAAACAAAAAAUCAUGUCUAAAUUGCACAGAAACAGUUAAAGAAAUUGACAAAAUUGGCAAGAAGUGAGUUAAUUUUGCUUACUGUCAGUUCCACCCAGUUUCCAAAUAUAUUUGUGGAGUAUUGACGAUGUCCCCUCUUUUUUCCAUUAAAAUGUGGCUAAGAUAACAUCUGAAUUGCACAUAUAUGUUGGCAACAUUGAAAGAAGUAAUUAGAACUAACGAGGAGUCACUGGCUGCUAGUUCUUCCAGCUUUUCCAAUUGUUGCCAAUGCUUUUGUGCAAUUUGGAGGGAGUUUUUUCUCUUAAAGUUCAGAGUUAAAAGAUCACAUCUAAAUUGCACAAAUAAGUUGCCAACAUAUUUGUGCAAUUCCUAACCUAUUUUUUUGAAGUUCACCACUCAUCUUCUUAAUAUCAGGAUAUGAUUUGUGGUUCAUAUCUCCCAGCCCUAACCUAAACUACAUAGAUAUCAAUGUUCUUGUCUUGCCCUAUAUGUAAUUCAAAAUGAUUAAAUGUAUGUUAAAACCUUGAUAUAGUACAGAAAUCACCCAGCCCUAGUCUGGAUCCUGACUGUUUCUUCUGGAGGGUAAAAUGCUGAUUCGUCCAUUACAGCGUUGCUGUCCAGCGUUUACACCGAGCCGAGGAGCGUGUACAGGACCUGCAGCUUCUCGGAGCAUCUUUUCCACGUGCAUGUUGUGUCAUUUUUCCUUCUUUUUUCUUUCCGCUCUCGUGGCUUUAAUAUUUGCACUCAGCUCUAAACGGGGACCUUAACGGUGUCUGCUGCAGACUGACGGCUGCAGCAUUUCCUGCUGAAUUCCCACCUUCCCUUUGUGGACACACGCUCACCUGUACUCUUCAUUCCAGCGUGUGCUCGGGGCCGCGGGGGUUUAUUCCAGGUUGGUUUAGUUCUCGUCGAUGUUUGCCUUUUUUUCUGUACAGGCAGGCCUGCAGAUAUUUACUUAUUUAUGUGAUUCUUUUGGUUUAGUUUUCUUUAUUUGAAGCUAUCAGUCUUUCUUUCGGACGCUUGUUUUAGUCUUUUUGACUUGUGUACUUGCACUUUGUGGAGAUGGAUCCAAGCAAACGAGCGACUUGCCUUUUCUUUUUCCUUUACGGAGGAGUAAACAGAGACGUUGGGAGCAGACGAAGCACAGUUUCAGACGCUCCAGUGUGAACUGUGAAUAUGGAUGUGGAGGAUUCAGGAGCGACUGUGACGGAGCCUCCAGCUGCAGAAACGUCCAUCCAAACUCUGACAGUCUGAUUCUUCUCUUUCAUCAACAUCAUCUUCAUAUUCUUCAUCGUAAGCAAAACCGCAGCCUGGUCAUUUAACACGUUAGCACAGUCCAGGACCAGGACUUUACAGGCCUUUGAUUUAAUGUCACAUAUCAGCCAGUCUCAUGUCUAGGACGAAGCUUCUUUUGUGAAGACUAAUUUAUAAAAACAGCCUUUAUUUUCCGUCAGUAAUAAGGUUUUAAACCAUCAAAGUCACACACUGAAGCAGCUUUAAAUGGGAGUCAUUUGAUGCUAAAGUGACCAUGGGAUUAACAAAACGGUUGAUUAUUAAUUUAAUCAUUGCAGCUCUAAUUUAGGAACUGUUAAAACUGGAUGACUUUACUCAUUGGAAAACUUAUUAUAUUCCACUGAACAGACUGUAUGUCAGUUUUACGUGAGAGAAAAGAAACAGUGCAUCAUCAGCGAUGAAUGAUGAGGUGAAUUUUGGCUUCACUUGUGGACCAAUUCAGUCUCCUUUCUUUACUCUCAAAACAAGUAGGAUUCAAUUGUUUGUCAUUAAAUUUGAUGAUGAUAAAGCUUAAAGAUUUCUGUCAUCAAAGCUGUGCGCCCAAACCAGACGGUUCAAUGGUCAGUGUCCUUUACAGCUAACACAUUUUUAAUUUGAAAAGAGAAAUCCAAAAUCAAGAAACAGGCUGUUUCCAUAUACCAUUUCUUUUUUUUCUUUCUUUUCUUUUUUUUUUUUUUUUUUUUUUUUAAAGGAAACGAAAACAAGGAAAAAACCUGCCCUAGGCCUUUUUAGGCAGUUCAUACUUAAUUGCUAAUCAAACAAAAUCUAAAAUGGAAAAAAAAAGUUUUUCAUUUUUCGUUUUCCAAAAAGGGUUAACAAAGGAUAAAUGUUUCAUUUUUAAUCUUACUGUAUUUUGUGCAGUGAUCCAAAAGAAAGAUCAAGGAACAGAACACUGGUGAUGUAAAAGUGUUUUUUUCACGCUUUACAGGAAAAAGAAUAUUACAGGUCAGUGUAUUUUCUGGCAGAUCCAUUUCCUGUUUUAAACGAGCCUCAGAAAUCAGAAGAAACUAUUUUAUUCUUUUUCUUGGUUUUUGACAGGAAAUAGAAAACACAGGUUUUCAUUUCAGUGACAAAAAAGGGAAAAACUAAAUUUUCAUAAAGGGGUCCACCGUUUUUGUUUUAUAUUUUAUCUUGUUUUCAUGAAAUCCUUGAGGAAUAGGAAAUUAUGUGACUCACUGGGAAAGGUGAUCAUUUCAAAAUAAAAGCUCUCAUUUCAAAAUGUUAGUCUGUAUAGCCAUCCACUGUGUUUUACAGUAUAAUAAAAGGCCUAUUGCUUUAUAGAGUGUAGUAAAAGAUUUUGUCAGUGAUAAAUGUACUGGUGAGUUAAUGGACUAUAUUAAUAAUAAAAAGGAAAUAAAUUAAUAUGAAUAAAUAAGCCUGGAACAAAAUUUUUAACUUAAACCAUCCACGCUGUAUAAUUAGUGAGCCAUUCUCUCCUCUGCCUGUUGGUUUUUGCUCUGAUUAUCUAUUUGUUUACUUAUUUAUUGUGUACACACAAUAAUUAGGAAACAUUUCCACCAAAGGAUACAGUCAUUAAUUGAAAAUCUGACUCCUGUAGUGUACAUGAAUAAAUACCUCCAGCAGCCCAGGCGUAUUUAUUCAUAUUAAUUUAUUUACUUUCUGAUAUUAAUAUAGUCAAUUAAAUCACCAGCACUUUUACCAUUGACAUUAAAACAGAAGAAAAAACAAGAAUUGGACCCCUUCUUUAUUUAUUUUGUUGCCGUUUUUGUGACAUGCAAAAAAUGGCUAAUUAUUCCCUUUUUUUUUUUUUUUGUCAAAAACCAGAAAAGGCCUGUUUUUCCAUUUUUUUCAAGUUCCUGUCAAAAAAGAAUAAAAAGAAUAUGAGGAGUUUCUCCUGAUUUUUCAGCCUUGUUGCAACCAGAAGAUGGAACUGCAAGAAAAUACACUGACCAUUGCAUCAUCAGUUUUCCGUUCAUUGAUCUUUCUUUUUGGUAUAAUCACAAAAUCAAGAUGUAAAAACUUAAAAAAAAAAAAAAAAGUUGUUAUUUUUCUGUUUCUAAUUCCCAGUUUAUUAUGAACUGCCUGAUAGAGCCAAAGGCAGGUUUUUCCAUGUUUUAUUUUAAUUGGCAAACUGCUUGUUUGUUGAUUUUUGAUAAGUCAUUUUAAAUGAAAAACACUUACCGUUACAUAAUCUAGCUUUAAAUGCUGCUCAAGUAUAACAGCUUGAUUUUUGAUUUUGAAUUCAUACACUGCUUUUUCUCUUUAACAUUUGGUUCUGAAACACUCAAAAUUUCCAUUGUGAAAAUUUUCAUUCCUACUUUUUGUAACACCAGUUGACAAAAACAGCUUUAUCAGAAUGUUGUAAGAUUUGGUGGUGGAAGAAAUAGUUUUAAAAGUAAAAAAGGACAAAUAUUAUAGUCAUCAAAUAUAGUCAUUAAAAGUGACAAAGGCUGGCUACACACUAGACGAUUUUGGGCCUGAUUUCUCCACCGCCUUGAUUGGGGCUUAGGCCUUUUAUGCCGCUUGUUACAACUGAUAAUUUAUCCAAAUAAUCCUCAAGGAUGUGAUGAUUAUUUUUCUGCACCCUGUUGGGUCAGAGCCUCCUUGAUCAGAGGGUUCCCUUUGCCAGUUCCUUCAUUUUUUCCAAAUAUUGAUGGCUUAUUUAGCAAAUGUUUGUUGUAGCUUCUGGAACCACAAAUGUCAAACAUUUCUAAUGGUUACCAUAGAAUCUGGUUUUAUAAGUCACAUUUUAAUGCAUACUUUUUAUCCAAGAGUCUGCCUGUAUCUCAUUGACCAGUCAUAGUUCACAUUUAAAGAAAACAGGAAGUAUAAUGUCAAAUAAAUAAAACACUGAAAACACUCCUCAGUUAUACACAAGUGACAGGCUGAGAUGUCAUUUACCGUAUUAUAGUUAGAUGUGCUCAACUACCGUAUUAUAGCUAAUGUAUGUGCAAACUAAGCUAAAAGCUGCACAGAAAUGGCAUGUUUCAUUGAGGAAAUGGAAAUCAGAAGGACGUUUUUCCUAUCAGGGGACUUUAAAAACAGACUGAGGCCAAUGUACCAGUGCAAAUUAUAUUCCAGAUUAUAUGGUAUGUUUCGGGUCAAGGUAUCUGAUAGAAUGUGUGCAGUCGCCAAUGAGAGCAAGCAUGCAGGGAAGCUUUUAGAUUUGAAAAUCGUCUGGUCUGUGGCCAGCCUAUGAGACUUAAGUAUUGCUUGAAGUAUGAAACAGCCUUCAUCUUCCUUCACAGACUCUGGUAUCAUCAUCAAUCAUCAUCAAUACCAGUGAAGUCUUCAGAGCGCUGUAUUUAUUCUCUAACACAUCUUUAAUUUAUCAAACAUCAUCAUCACCCUUUUCAUCAUGACCUCUUCUGUUUAAUCUUCCUCUUCUUCUUCUUCUUCUGUAACAUUCCCUCUAUCUCCCUGCCUGCACCUUAACUCCUCCUCCUCCUCUUCCUCUUCCUCACCGACCAUGAAGAACUUUGAGAUUUUAAUUUUAUUUUGUUUCUGGUGUAAAUAUGUGUACAGAUGAAAUCCUGUCAAGUUUGCUAGGAGGCAUGGAGACUACAAAAUGUAACAAACUAUAAAAUGUUGAAAAUAAACAGAGCGGGGGUUAAAAAACGGUUUUUGAUGAGAUGAAGGGGCGCAGUGUAAAAAUAUUUAAGGCUGUAUCAUACGGAGAAAGAGCUUAAUGUAUUUGUUGUGAAUAUGAAAAACUGAUAUAUUAAAGA